AUGUCGAACUUAUCAAAGCUUGAACUUGUGGCACUUGACAUUACCGUAAACAAUUAUUUAUCAUGGGUCCUUGAUGCUGAAAUUCACCUUGAGGAUAAAGGUCUUGAGGAUACUAUUAAACAGGAAAAUAAAUCAUCAAGUCAAGAUAAAGCUAAGGCUAUGAUUUUCCUUGGUCAUCAUCUCCAUGAAUUAUUAAAAACUGAAUAUUUAACUGUGAAAGAUCCACUUGAAUUGUGGAAUAAUUUGAAGGAUCGAUAUGAACAUCUAAAGCUGACGGUAUUACCGAAAGCUCAAUAUGACUGGAUGCAUCUCCGGCUCCAAGAUUUUAAAACUAUAACUGAUUAUAAUUCUGUUAUCCAUCAAGUAAGUUCUGUAUUAAAAUUGUGUGGAGAGACUAUCACUGAUGAACACUUACUGGAGAAAACUUUUGCCACUUUUCAUGCUUCAAAUGUGUUGCUACAACAGCAAUACCGUGAAAAGGGGUUCAAAAAGUAUGCUGAUUUAAUUUCAUGCCUACUUGUGGCUGAGCAAAAUAAUACUCUAUUAAUGAAAAAUCAUGAAUCCUGUCCCACUAGGUCUGCUCCAUUCCCUGAAGUGAAUGCAGCACUAGGUUAUGAUAAGCCUGAAAGAAGGCAAAAUAAUUAUCAUGGUCAUGGCCAUGGUUGA